CGUCGAGGCGCGGUAAACUCAGCUGAUUCGAUUUUUCUCACUUUCAGAAACAAGGCUGUUGCUAAGCUAGUUAACUUUUGACACUUACUUUUUUUUUUUACGUGCAAAUAAACUUUGUAACCCCUCACACAGGACUAACGAAUCCGGAUAAUGGUGAUACACUGCAUGGAUCAUGGCAUCUGUAGACGGUGUCCCAUCUCCGGAGUCGACCGUCACGUCGUUGCUAGCCAGUUCAGGACGACUGAGAAGCUCUUUGCACCCUGAGCCACUUCACACUAUCAAAUACAAAGACAGACAUUAUGAGUCAGCCUCUGAUGCUUUGGAUGCUUACAUUGCUGAUUUUCAGUCCUCUGGGUCCUCGGUGGGGCAGCUGGAGCUUCCAAAGGAACAAAACACACCUCACCUACUGCGCUCAGGAUACAGAAACAGAGAUGUGCUAAAAGCAAGCCUUACAGACCAAGAGUUGGACUUCUUGAAGCUUCCUACAGCUUCAAAACGCAGAGAAUCAGACCACAUUAGCAUGACCACCGAUGAUCUGCUGCUACUUCCUGCUGAUGGUUCUCUUCCUGUAACCCGCACCUCAGCUUUUAUCUCCCGACUAGAAAGUUCCAGGCAACUGAACAGCACUAAGUCCAGUGUCUGGUCUCGAUCUAGGCCCGCCAAAGGCCCAAAUAAGUCAUCAAAUUGUUCUUCUGCAUCCAGAACUCUCUGUGUGGAUGACUUACUGAUAGGCAAUUCAAAACUGAAGCAUGCAUCUCUACACUCCGACUCUUUUAUGUCCACAAAAACAAAUAAACAACACUCUGUUUCAUUCCAUCACCUUCCAAGAUGGAUGACCAGUUGCAAGUCAGAGAUGGAAUUUUCUGGUUUGACUAGCAUUCCUGAACUGAAGUACCCAGCCUGGUUGGAGGAAUAUGACAUUAAUGUUAGGACUCAGAAUGUUCCAGCGUGGGUCAACCAGCUGGAGCAGAAGACUCUUGAAAGUCAUGAGGAGCUAAAUGGUCAAGAAAACCUCCUCAGUGAAACUGUCGAUAAUGAAGAGCCUUUUAGAGGCGAUAAGAUCGGCUCACUUAUUCAAAGGGCUGAGGAUGUGCUGAAGUCCCCGUCUUUAGGUUUCUGCGGUUCAGAUAAAAAGCAACAUGGCAGUCCAGGAACCACAGAGGAGCUUUUAGAAGCUGAGCGCUCAUGGGAGAAUCCUCCAGUGAUGUUUAAGUCUCCAGUACCAGUAGGCGGCACUGUUGAACAAAUACCUGCUGGUGAAUUUCAGACAGAUGCGAAAGAGAAGUCGUUAGGUUCGUUCUCUUCAGGCUACAGCAGCAGGAAACACCCCGGUCCAGUUGAAGCCCUAAAACAGAUGCUGUUUAGCCUCCAGGCUGUGGAGCAGAGAGUAACACAAGAAAAAGAUGAAAUACAAAACAUUUCCAGUAGACCGGUUUCAAACCCACUAAUACAGACAGAGAACCAUGACAAAGAUAAGGUUGAAGAUUAUGAUUUAAUACCUGGUGGACAAUCGUUAAAAAGAGCACUGCACCACCUUGGAAGACUGAAAAACCUCGUGGAUGACAUGAACGAGAGAAGGUCUUUAGAAGUGAAGGAGGGUGAUGUCUAGCACGAAUGUCUUAUGAUUUCCUCAGGGAAUAUCAAACUAAAUGUUUCUGUACGUGAGCCACAUGAAGUCUGAUAUCAAUAUAAUUGUUAGUUUAUUUAUAUUGCAUUAACUGCAGUGCCUUAUGAUGACUUGUCUUUGAAUUACAAGACUCACAUAGUUUCCAAAAAUAUGUUGUUCUGUCAUUCGCUGUUGAAUUACAAGGUAACAUCAUGAUUACCAUUCGCAGUGUAUUCUCAUCCAGUGAGUGAUUAAAGUUUUUUUAAAAUAUAACUCAGCGGGUGAGCAUUCACUGAGUGAUCGUUAUGAAAAUAUCAAAUGAUCAUGAUCAUUAACAAAUGAUCUGUUCCACUGAAUUUGUGCUUAUAAUGCUGUCUUUAAAAGACAAUCUACAAUAGACCAUUUUUAGGAUUUUAACACAUAUCUUUAUAUUGACACACACACUCCUAUCCUGUUAGUUUUAAUGUCGGUAUUGAAUAAGUAAAUUUGAAAAUGUGAGUUAUAACUAAAAAGGGGCAUUGGUGGCUCAGUAGUCAAGGCUCUGGGUUACUAAUCAGAUGGUCAAGGUCAAGCUCCAGCACUGCAAAGCUACCACUGUUGGGUCCUUGAGCAUGGCCCUUAACCCUAUCUGCUCCAGGGGUGCUGUAUCAUGGCUGACCAUCACUCCAAUAACCCCAACUUCCUAACAAGCUGGGAUGUGAAAUAAUGUAUAUGUAGCACAGUUUAUGUAGUUUAUGUAAACGCUGCCAGGAAGUUAAAAACUAUUACAUAAUAAAGCUUUAUUAGGUUACAUAAACUACAUAAAAACUACAUACUACAUUGUGUUACAUAUACAGAGAGUGAGUAGCAAAACUGAUCUUACAAACACCUUGAUCUCUAGGAACUCCCUAGAUUCCCGGUCCAUAUCCAAGCUCUCACCCCUGCUCAUGCAAAAGUCCACCCACAUUUAACCUGCCAUGUAUUCAAUCACUUUAUUUACUGUAGUUCUUUUAGCUCAUUUCUACAUCUUGUUUGCAUUUUGGUCUGUUUACAUGAGUUUAAUUUUUAAUCUUAUCCACUGGUUAUUGCUCUCUUUCUUACUUAGCCUCCACCUGCACUUUUUGUACUGUUUGUCUCGUAUCAUUUUGAUAAUAAAUCACUGUUUUAUAUUAAUCGUCAUUU